AUGGCUGCCAAUAUUUUUGUAAUAACUAUUUUCUUUGGUAUUUUCUUCAUUUACUCAGUUCAUGGAAUAGAAGGAGCAGAAAAUAAACCCCCAAAUAUACUUCUUAUAAUCGCCGACAAUCUAGGGCAUGAUGACAUUGGCAGUUUUGGGAAUGCAGAUGCCAAAACACCAAAUUUGGAUCAGCUUUCAAAUGAGGGUAUGAAAUUCACCAGAAUGUACAGUCAGCCAAGUUCAACAAGUAGCAGGGCUGCAAUACUAACAGGCAUAUUACCCGCAAGGAUGAUGCUGUCACAAGGAUGGUCUGGAUUUUCUGACUUCAUAAGUCCAGCACAAAAUUCUGGAAUACACCCCAGUGAGCAUACAAUUGCAUCUUUACUACAUACCAAACAGUAUCAUAAUGCCUUUAUUGGGAAAUGGCAUCUAGGUUACGGGCCCCAUGGAGGUUUCCUUCCUUUAGAAAAUUCCUAUCAAAGUUUUUAUGGAAUCCCUCUGACACAUACGGAUGCCUGUAGUGCUAAUCCACAAUCAUAUACAAAUGAUGGAUAUUUAUUUGUGCUGUGGUUGGCUAAUUGGGGAAUAUCUUGGACUGUUUUAAUUGUUUUCUUGACAACAUUCCGAUUCUUUGGAUUAGUGUCUGGUAAAAAAAUGGUGAUUUUUAUUGCUGUCAUGGUGACUGUUCUUGGAGUCGUAAGACUUUGGUUCAUGAUAACAAUUGCAAAUCCAAUGUCUUGUAUACUCAUGCGAAAUGAUCAGAUCAUUGAACAGCCAUACAAAGAAGAAAAUAUGACUUUGCGCUUUACCCAAGAGGCUAUCGAAGUGGUGAGAAAACAUUCUACUUUGAAAGACCAUCCGUUGUUCCUUACGGUUUCAUACAUAGCACCCACAAUACCUUGUUUUACCUCAAAAUUCUUCAAAGGGAAAACAAAAAGUUGUUACUCGGACUCUGUAUCUGAAUUGGACUGGAAUAUUGGACAAAUUCUAGACAGUAUGAAAAAAUAUAAACUUGAUGAGAAUCUUUUGGUUGUAUUCACAAGUGCAAAUGGGCACAUAACGCAUCAUGGAUAUCCAUAUAAACCAGUCAGUAAAAAGAUAAUGGGCUUCAAACAAAAGACAUCAAAAUUCAGAGGCGGAAUGGGAACCGAAUUAGAAGGUGGAUUACGUGUACCUACAAUUAUAAAGUGGACUGGUAAAAUCCCGGAAAAUACUCAAAUUGAAAUCCAAACUACAACGAUGGAUAUUUUUCCAACUAUUGUGAAAAUUGUCAACCCAAACAGAUUAAAAGCAAUCAAAAGAUCUAGAAAAAUAGAUGGGAAAAGUCUUCUCCCUUUAUUUGAAGAUCCUUCUAUAUCCGAACACCAUAAUCACAUAUUUCAUUAUUGCGAUUCUCAAGUUGUUGGAACAAUUACAUACGAACAUUUGAAAAUCUCAAUGUUUACUGGGAUCGAUGGUUUAACUUGCACAGGUGAGCACAACAAUCCACCAUUGAUAUAUAAUAUCACGGCAGACCCCAGAGAGGAACAUCCUCUCCCCCCAGAAACCUAUGAUGAGCUAGCAUUUAUAAUAACGAGGGACAUUUUUAACCAUCAGGCUAGCAUUGAUAAAGAUAGGUUCUCAUUCUUAGAUACCAUUCCAUGGCCUUGGUACUUUCCCUGUGCCAAUUUUCCUUAUUGCUCAAAAACUAUUGAUGGAGACGAAGAAUUUAGUGAUCUCAAUUUGGAGCAAUUGUGAUAAGGAAUACAUAUCAUAAAAAAUAGAGGUUAUUUAACGGGAGGGGUAGAAUGUGAAUUUUAUUCCAAAGGAAAAUACCAUAUUGAUCAAAGGCUAUCAGCCCAAGUGUCAAUAUGAUAUUUUCCUUGUUCAAAAUAAUAUUCCAUCACAACCAUCAAUAACCUAUUUAUUCCAUAAUAUUUAACUAUAUAUAUUUUAUUCGUCCAUGUUUUACAUAAAACAUUGUAUCGAUUUACAUUACAUUGAUGCAACGAAAAGGAUUAGACAAGAGGCUAUUGCCUAUUCUAAGUCCUCCAGAUAAUAUAUUUUCUGUAACUUAUUUAUUUUAAAGUUUUGUGUGGGAUUUGAUAUGACAUUCUUUGAUUAUCAGUGCUAUUCCCUGCUUAUUUCUCAGGAAAAGCAUAUUAUUAUAUAAUAAAAUCAUAUAUUAACAUGGUAUUAUUUUUAAUACAAUGACACUCAUUUUAUAACACAGUAUUUACUUUCAAAUGACAACAUUUAAUGUAACAAAGUAAGGUAUAAUGAACUAGUUAAAAUCCAGGGAAGUAUCCAUCUGCAAGAGAGAGGGCACAAUUGCACUUAAUGAC